CCGGGGCAGAGGGAUGUGUGUCGGAGUCCAAAGGGAAGGGACCGAGCAGAGGGCUGGGGGUGGGAACUAGGAAUUAAGGACCUCCUCUUGGAGCACUUUGGCAGAGUUGCUUCUCCCCCCGGGACACCUCAGUGUUCCUAGCAUGAAACGGUGGCAGGAAUAGGUGAGCAGGGGAAUGGUGGCAGAAGGGGCCGAGAGAGCUGCUCCUGGGAUCUCUUGGGGCAGAAGGGGGAGUGGGGAAACCUUCACCACACUGCAUAUGAUGUGAUGAAGUGAAAAAGGAGCCCCCUACCCCAUCCCAGGAAGACACCCGUUCCCUCCCAGCCAUAUUCAACCAGAGAACAACAUGGCAAGCCUGGCUGCAGCUCUGACCCGGGCUCUGGUCCUCCUCUCAGUGCUUCCUGUCACCCAGGCACGGAAAGGCUUCUGGGACUACUUCAGCCAGAGCAGCGGGGACAAAGGCAGCGUGGAGCAGACCCAGCAGCAGAAGCUGGCGUGGGAGCCCGCGAGCCUGAAAGACAGACUUGAGCCAGACCUCAGCAAUAUGGGCAACUUCCUGGAAAAGCUGGGCCCUCUCAAUGGGCAGGGGAGGGAGCCUCCCGCGCUCCCAGGUGACCCGGUGGGCAUGCGGCAGCAGCUGCAGGAGGAGCUGGAGGAGGUGAGGAAGCGUCUGGAGCCCUACAUGGCCGAGGCGCAUGAGCGCGUGGGCUGGAAUCUGGAGGGCUUGCGGCGGCAGCUGCAGCCCUACACGGUGGAGCUGAUGGAGCAGGUGGCCCUGCGCGUGCAGGAGCUGCAGGAGCAGUUGCGUGUGGUCGGAGAGAGCACCAAGGCCCAGCUGCUGGGCGGCGUGGACGAGGCGCGGAGCUUGCUGCAGGAGCUGCAGAACCGCGUGGCGCACCACACCAGCCGGGUCAAGGAGUUCUUCCACCCCUACGCCGAGCGCCUGGUGAGCGGCAUCGGGCACCACGUGCAGGAGCUGCACCGCAGCGUGGCGCCGCACUCCGCCGCCAGCCCCGCGCGCCUCAGCCGCUGCGUGCAGGUGCUCUCGCGCAAGCUCACGCUCAAGGCCAAGGCCCUGUACGCGCGCAUCCAGCAGAACCUUGACCAGCUGCGCGAAGAGCUCAGCACCUUUGCUGGCGACGGCGCUGACGGUGCGGAGGAAGAGGCCCAACCGGACCCCCAGGUGCUGUCUCAGGAGGUGCGCCAGCGACUCCAGGCGUUCCGCCACGACACCUUCCUGCAGAUCGCCGCCUUCACCCGCGCCAUUGACCAAGAGACCAGGCAGAUCCAGCAGCAGCUAGCGCCGCCUCCGCCCGGCCACAGUUCCUUCGCCCCAGAAUUCCUCCAAGGGGACCGAGGCAAGGCCCGGAGCGAGCUGCAGGCACGCCUCGACGACCUGUGGGAAGACAUCAACUACAGCCUUCAAGACCAUAGUCCCGGCCACCUGGGGGAGCCGUGAGGGUCUACUUGCCCAUGUCCCAGAUCCUUGCCUGGGGAGCCCACGGCCUGAGCCUUUAACAUGGCUAUGUCCUUGACGGUGGCCUGUUGGGCAGAGGGUGGAGGGCCCUGCACAGGAUAGCUGAGGUCACCCAAAGGGCUGUUGUCCUAGGCCAUCCAGCCUCCUGCAAUUCCCCCAUCCGGAUGCAUUACAUUCACCAGGCUUUGCAAA